AUGGCUGCCAAGUUUUACAUUUGCAUGCUGCUGGUAGUUCUGGUGAGCUCUGCUGUGCACAGUUCACGGCUGCGUCGCCCACAGGAAAAAGAGAAGACCUACAACUUUCUCUAUAAGAGAUUUUUUGAUGUAGCAACUCUUAAGCCGUAUACUUUCCCAUCAGGUGAGUCUUUCUUGUAGAAGUAGAACAUGAUGCGUUUUUUUUUUUCAUCAAAUGGAAACUCGGAAAAAUUCUGAGCCCCGGGCUCAGAAAAAAUAUUGUGAGUCCUAAGCCGGUAACUUUCGAAACUUUUAAGGCCCACGCGCUUAAAAGUUAUUUGUUUUAGGCAACGAAUUUGUGAUAUUAGACUACUUUUAAACGUGCAUGAACGAAAUUUUUUGUUUCGUCUUGCAAAUGCUAGGGGCCAGUACUUGGGAUAGGAAUCCAACGCCGGACUGAGAGUAACCGCUACUCGUUCGUUUUACUGAGAUUAAAAAAUUUUAUAUUGUAAUGACUUUUUGUCUCACCUGUUCACAGUACCAUCAAUGAGAUGCUGUUAUGGAGGAUGUAACAAUUGUACAGGUUAUGAGUCCUGCAACUGCUGCAACAAGAUCUUUUGCAUGGACUGCGAAGUUGAAUUUGAGUUUUGCUGCAGGCAGUAAAGUGUAUGUUCUAAAUAUGUUACAAUAUGAUUCUGAUUCUAUCUCUUAUUUUUUCAUAGUCUUAACACCUUGUAAGUGGAUCGUUUUCACUGUCACGCAAUAAAUCCGACAUGAAAAAAAAUCCCAAACUUUUGAAACAUAAAAGCCAAGUAAGUGAAAUGCUAUAAACCACUGAUGCAUAAACAACUUUUUUAAGUCCCAGGUCUAUGUUGCCUAAACGUUUCACGCCAUGAGAAAAUAAACGAUUUCAAUCCCAAGUGAAAAGCCCAAUACAAACAUAAAAGAACACAAUUUAAUGUAGAAGGUGUGUUGCGUAUUUUAGGUCAAGGCCCUGACAAUGUUCUCAGUUCUGCGUCUGUAUCGCUCAGCUGAAGAAAGUCUACUCCAAAAAAAGAUGCGAGUCAGGGAUAUGAAAUACAUUCAAAAGCCUGUUUGUUUUGAGAUGGAAUACUUCAUUGACUAUAGUUUUGACUUC